AUGGCUGGUGUUAAUGUCAAAUCCGCAGCCACCGAUUUCCUCGACUUUGUCAAUGCAUCUCCCACGCCCUUCCAUGCUGUCAAGUCAAUCAAAGAACGAUUGACCUCCGUGGGAUUCAAGCAGAUCAAGGAGAAAGAUUCUUGGUCCUCGAUAUGCCUGCCUGGUGGUAAAUACUUCCUCACCCGAAAUGGAUCGACCAUUGUCGCAUUCGCAAUCGGCAAGAAGUGGAAGCCUGGAAAUCCCAUUUCAAUGGUCGGUGCCCAUACCGAUUCACCAUGUCUGCGCAUCAAGCCCGUAAGCAAGAAACAAGGCGACGGAUUCCUCCAAGUUGGCGUCGAAACGUACGGCGGCGGCCUGUGGCAUACUUGGUUCGAUCGCGAUUUGGGCGUCGCAGGAAGAGUAAUGGUCAGAGGGACUGACGGCAACGUCGUUCAAAAACUGGUUCACAUCAAGAAGCCCAUCCUCCGCAUCCCCACACUUGCUGUCCAUCUCGAUCGACAGGAGACGUUCUCCUUCAAUAAAGAAACCCAGCUAUUUCCUAUUGCUGGUCUGGUUGCUGCGGAGCUCAAACGCCAGGAUGAGAAGAAGGGCAAAAGUGACGCGGAAGAGGAGGAGCAGGACAAGCCGUUUACUCCUUUGAAAGCCAUGACAACCAGACAUCACCCUCACGUCGUUGAAUUGAUUGCUGCAGAUGCUGGGGUCUCGGCUGAGGAAAUUAUCGAUUUUGAGAUUGUGCUUUAUGACACGCAAAAAGCAUGCCUGGGUGGCCUCUCGGACGAGUUCAUCUUUUCCGCUAGGCUGGAUAACCUGAAUCAAACUUAUUGUGCGACUAUGGGCUUGAUCAAUUCGCUAGGUUCUAAAUCUGCGCUCGAUGACGAGUCAUCUAUACGUCUCAUUGCCUGUUUCGACCAUGAGGAGAUCGGCAGUAUGACUGCCCAGGGAGCAUUUUCCAUGAUGCUGCCAGCCAUCAUCCGCCGUCUCUCUGUUCUGCCGUCCUCGUCAUUCGUGGGAGAUGAUUCAGAAGAGUCUUAUGACCAUGCGAGCGAUCCAGAGCUGUCGACUGCCUACGAGCAAACUCUAUCGAGCUCGUUCCUGCUCUCAGCAGACAUGGCUCACUCUGUCAAUCCUAAUUACGGAGGCAAAUAUGAAUCCGACCAUCGACCGGAGAUGAAUCAAGGCCCUGUGAUCAAGAUCAAUGCCAAUGCAAGAUAUGCCACCAACUCACCCGGUAUAGUACUACUACAGGAGGUUGCGCGAAAAGCAGCCAAAGUCAUCGACAGUGAUUCAGAGGGCGUGCCGCUUCAGCUGUUUGUCGUCCGAAAUGACUCCAGCUGUGGAAGCACCAUUGGCCCGAUGCUGUCUGCUCAUCUUGGUGCUCGCACGCUUGAUCUGGGGAAUCCGCAGCUUUCGAUGCACAGCUGCCGCGAAACUGGAGGUGCAGAUGAUGUCCAUCAUGCUAUCAGACUGUUCAGCAGCUUUUUCCAGCAUUACUCUGCUUUGGAGAAGACGAUCCUGGUCGACUGA